UCUGUUCUGCUUUUAUGUCCAGGGAAGUUUAUAGUCACUUCCAAAAUAUAUCAAAGUAWAUUUGUGAUAGGUCAUCUUCGAAUUUGGAAACUGUUGGAUGGCUUCGAGCUUUUCACAAGGCAAGGCAGAAGAGGUGACAACAUACGAAGAAGAAAUACUUCGUGAUUUUAACGCCGAAGAACAAGACGGCAACGUACCGCCAUUUUGGAUAAAGCGUGGUCGACGCGUGAAACACGACAGUUUUUCAUCUGUUGAAAGUAGUUCAUCAGCAGAUUCWCCUCUGUCUGAAUCUCCMAAGACUGACAUGCCUUCAAUGAAACGAUCAGAUGGUAAAAAACGAGGCAGAAGGCCCUCACAUUUAGACACUGAAGCAAAACUCGAAAGAAGCAGACAAUCUGCUAGAGAAUGUCGUGCUAGAAAGAAACUUCGAUAUCAACAUCUAGAUGACACCGUAGCAUCUAAAGAAGAAGAUGUCACUAAACUCUGGCAGGAGCUUGACAUGUACCGUCACUGGUGUAAAGCUGUUGACCAGGGUAUUUUCCCUAAGGAAAUGAUCAAGUUCUUGAAAACAGAAGGAAAAAAUUAAGAAGAAAGAUCAAUGACAUGGUGAUUUGGGUGUCAUCCAUUCUUCUGCUAGGUGUACUUCCUGGAAAUGGCUGUAGUUUAUUAUCACAGAUGGCCAGUGCAUUUAAUAUAAUUGCCUAAAAUACACAUCAAAUAGGCUACAGAUACUCUUACCAAGACAAUGUGUGUUUAAAACAUCUUGAAUUUGAUUKUCAUAAACAAAGCACAUUUCACAUUGUUGUCUCAAAUACACAAAGGACAAAAAUAUUGCUCCAUCGAUAUGGACAUUUCUGUUUGUAAAUUGGCCURCAUGCACCUUUAUCCACCAGUGUGCUUGUUUAAUGGUUUGAGUGRUUGAACCUGCAAAAAUAUACUCAUAACAGUGCUACCCUGGGUAUCAGAGGUUGAAAUUUACCUUUGUGCUUGUAUGUUACAGCACCAUGCAUGUUAGCAAUGGUAAACAAUCCUCUGAUCUGGUGGUAUGGAAAGCUUAUCUCACUUCCAUGCUACAUUUAACUCUAUUAUUGAUCUGUUAAAAUUAGAACAAACAAUAUGACUGGCCAAAUAUGUGGAUGAGCUGUCAACACUAUACACAAGCCACUAAUGCCAAUGGAUUGCUUUUUAAUCCUUUUUUGKGCAAAAAUCAUCAAGACUUCCUAGACAAUGUGAACUUUACAGAAACAUAAACUGAACAGUUGUUUUACUGUGUUUCUUAGGYCAUGUUGAUUCCUCACUAUUAAAUUCAAAUGGAACACAAAUCAUUAAGUCAUAAACGAUGUAAACAAGCACUUACCUUGAUGAAAGCUCAUUGACAGGUUUGACCAAUCAUCACCUGCAACUUAGCAACAAUUUAGAGUCUGUAUGUCAUGUGGUCCUUGAAUGGAAAUGAAAUUCACUAUCCAUUGAACAAUAUGUAAAUUCCAACAUUUAGUACCCUGGACAAAUAUAUGCUGACUUAUACUUUAAAUGUUUUGCUUGAAUACCAGUAGUAAAAAAAAUAUCAAAAACAAAAAAAAACAAAACAAAAAACAAAAAAAAAGAUAGAGAACAUAUAAAUUUUAGUGGGAAAGGAAUUUAUUAUAAGACAACAAGAUAUUUUAUGCUGAACUUUAUCAAAAUGAAUUCCUUUCCAACUAAAUCAUUGAUGCUGUCUUGCCAUGGACAAAAUUGUGUAAUCAGUUGUUUAAACAGCUCUSUAAYUAAAUUUAAAAAUAUGCAUAGGGAGUGCUUAUUAAUUUCAAUUGUUUCUAAUUUUCUUCAGUAAAUGAGGCAGAUAAAUUAUA